AUGCCCGGCCCGGGGAUGUCCGGACCAGUCAUGUCAGGACAAGGCAUUUCGGGAACAGGCAUGUCCGGUUACUCGUACGGGAGUCAGCCGUACCAGGUUCCGUUCACGCACAUGAGACCGGCAUUUGCGGCGCCCGAUGCGUACCACCAGUUUCAGGACCCCGCGGUGUACCAGGGAGGAGGGUACGCGGCGGGCCAGUACGGAAGACAAGGGGAGGAGGAGUACCUGGUCGCGAAAUUCUCCAAUGCGCCCGGGAUGGCUCCCACAGUGCUAUCCGGCCAGGUGCGCCCCACUCGCCUCUCCUGCCCUUUCCUAAUUGUCACGUUCACGCUUUCGUUAUUGUCACGCCCACCUGCCCGGGAUGGCUCCCACUGUGCUCUCCGGCCAGGGUGGGAGCACGGGGAUGCGGGUAUGGGGCUCAACUCAUCAGCAGGACCCAUGGGACAGCCGCAGCAGCAGUCAGCAUGCCGUUACGACAACUCUCUUGGGCUUCUAACGAAGAAGUUUAUAGACCUAAUAAAGGGUUCAGAUGACGGCACACUAGACUUGAACACUGCAGCGUCAACCCUGCAGGCGGAGUUGAAUCGGCUCAGAGAGGAGGAGUUGAGUCUAGACAAUGGCAUCAAGUGCGUGUAA